CAUAAUAUCAACCAUCCAACACCAGUGAAGAGUUUCAGCGGGUUGAAAGCAGCGUGGAGGUUAUAUCUAGACUCAUGGCCACUCCUGAAGGUCCUUCGCAAUUGGCGAUCCUCAAAGCAGUCACGUUCCGAAUUCACUCCACACCAGUGGAACAGCUACCGCAAUGCAUUCCAUAUCUGACGGGGUCACUUGCAUCGUGUCGACAGUUACUAUCGUCUGAAACCAAGUCCAACUCUAAGAAAGCCUCAGAGGCCGAUGUCGCGCUGAACAGGCUGAGGACUCAACUCUCAACCCUACUCCAAGACCGUUCCAUUCAGGGAAGAUGGGCCGCUAUUGUUUUGGUGAAGUGCGUUAUCUCCCUGGGAGGAUGGGAAGUGCUGCAGAAAUGCAAGCCUUGGGUGCAGAACUUGCUUGGGACGUUAUCAAAGCCAGAUCCGCCAACUACCAAGAAGCUCGCCAUCAUCACGCUCACGAGAAUCUUCUAUCUGUCAAAGGAGUAUCCUACUUUAGUCCGAGAAGUCACCACUCCGUCUUUGACACCCUUUGUCACGAGCUGCAUGAGCCUGGUCUUUCCGAAGACUCUGUCAUUGGUAGAACAACAUACAUCCUCUCAGAGAGCUUUGUUGGCUACAGUCCUCGAGGCUUUCAACACUCUUCUUCCGCGACAUCCUACCAUCUUCCGCCCGUUUCUGACCCAGAUCAACCUUCUUUUAUCUCAGUGUAUAGCUCCAACUAGCCCUACCAAGAAGGCCUUAGUACCAACACUCGAUGCUGAGACUGUAGAUGCUGCCCAAAGACUUUUUGUCCUGUUGCACUUCUCAGCACCAAAGGACAAGGGCCCGGAGGAGUGGUUCCAGUCAUACGAUAGCACAAUCAAGGCUGCGCAUUCUGUAGCAGACCGUGUCUUCCGAUCUAUCAUUGAGGCAUGGCAGUCAACAACAGGAAGACAAAACUCAGUCACAGUAGCUUCGUUCAGCGAAGAUAUCCGUGAGACUGGAGGAGGCCUUCUCAAGUCUCCCCCGUGGCAUGGCAUCUAUGCAGGCGGUGAGCGGCUUGUUGGACUUCUGGGCUUGUUGAGGCAUUUUGUCACGACAAACACGACUGCUCCUGUUGACUUUCGAAUCGGACUAUUGGCGGACUUGCUUAGUCGGAUAUUGUCACUUGCAGUACCAUACGGUCGAUCAGCAAACUGGGGAGAUGGUAUUCAGUACAAUCCCCAGAUCGGUAAAGAUGAGCGCAACGCACUAUUUACUCUUCUGCCGGGCAUUCAUAUAGCUGCGAUGGAGGUUCUCCUUUCAUUGGUUGCUCGAUUUAAAAGCGCCUGUCUUCCAUUUGCGCAUGUAUCGCUCGAAGAGGUCAUUGGAAUUUUCGAUGCCGAGAAAGACGUGCCAUUGAUCCGGGGCGCUGCAUACUUGGCUACUACAGCCUUGUUGGACAUCGCUGGUCGUUCACUCACCAAACAAACGGUGACAUCGCUCUCCUCCAUUGUGAGACCGGCCUGUCUCGACCUUCUCCCGCAAGCAGAGAAGCCGAGCGCGACAGCUGGUCUCGAGAAAGGCCAUACAAACAGUACCACAAAGCAGAAUAACGGCGCAGCAAAUCACAGCAGCACUGCCCAGACUAGCUUCCCUGGACUUGAAUCCGCUGCAUCGAAUCUUCUGUCCGCCUAUCUCUCCACGAUCCAUACAAGUCUGAUGCCAGUCAAAGUACGGUCCGAGAUCGAGCGCAUCGCUGUUCUCCUUGACAACAAGGAUAUUCUGCUAGCCUCUAUACUGAACCCGCGAGCCUUGCAAAAGAAAGUGACGGCUAGUCUUCUGCCUCUAGCAGCUAGACUGCGUCCAGAUGAUCCCGCGCUUGAAGGUCUGCUUAGACCGCGAAUGCCAGCCAUACGGCAUUACGUCGGGACGGAUCUGCUUGAAGACGAGGAAGUGUAUGACGAUGAUGGUGAUGAGAUGGAGGUCGAGGAAGAACCGGAAGAAACUGAACAAGUGGAGGAUGGAGAGAAAACAGGCUCGGAAGCACGAGACGACAACAAUGAGAAGACAGAUCAAGCAAUGGUUAGUGAGGAUUCAUAUGCCACUUCUGAGACGAAGACUUCAGAUCCUUCUCCCGGCCUGGUGGACGUCACCGAUUCCACAACGGCAAAACGGCCAGCGGCAACACCUCUUGAGCAGUCGUUUGUGGUCAAGCGAACGCGUGUCGAGGCUCCUCCCGUUCCUGUUGAUGAAGCACCAGUUACCGAGAACGAGACUCUACCGUCCCAGCCGGUCACGGUAGUUGCCCCUGUCUCUAGUGUCACGGCUGUGCCCGUGGUAUCCACCACUGCUGAGAGCAGCGACAGUGACGAUGAAGACUACGGAGAAUUGGUGAUUGGGCCCGAUACAGACGACGAAGCUAUAUAACUUCCAGUACGACAGGAGACUUG